GCAGAGUGGCAGGAUCCUCUUACUGCGACACUGAUGUCUGCUCAGGACACAGCCUGAGCCUCACUGAGGAGCCUUGAGGCCUUCGGGAUUCUUGUCACGGUCCUCCGAGGCCCUGCAGGGACCUAGUGAGACCCUUGGAGCCUGCGCCCUAGGAGCUGAGCAUGACCCGGGACGAGGCCCUGCCAGAUUCUCACUCGGCCCAGGGCUUCUAUGAGAACUAUGAGCCCAAGGAGAUCCUGGGCAGGGGUGUCAGCAGCGUGGUCAGGCGCUGCAUCCACAAGCCCACAUGCAAGGAGUACGCCGUGAAGAUCAUCGACAUCACCGGUGGGGGCGGCUUCAGUCCUGAAGAGGUGCAGGAGCUGCGGGAGGCCACGUUGAAGGAGGUGGACAUCCUGCACAAGGUCUCGGGACACCCCAACGUCAUACAGCUGAAGGACACUUAUGAGACCAACACUUUCUUCUUCCUGGUGUUUGACCUGAUGAAGAGAGGGGAGCUCUUUGACUAUCUCACUGAGAAGGUCACCUUGAGCGAGAAGGAAACCAGAAAAAUUAUGAGGGCGCUGCUGGAGGUGAUCAGCGCCCUGCAUAAGCUCAACAUCGUGCACCGGGACCUGAAGCCCGAGAACAUCCUGCUGGACGACGACAUGAACAUCAAGCUCACCGACUUCGGCUUCUCCUGUCAGCUGGAGCCAGGGGAGAAGCUGCGAGAGGUCUGUGGGACCCCCAGCUACCUGGCCCCAGAAAUCAUCGAGUGCUCCAUGAACGACGACCACCCAGGCUACGGGAAGGAGGUGGACAUGUGGAGCACUGGGGUUAUCAUGUACACCCUACUGGCCGGCUCCCCGCCCUUCUGGCACCGGAAGCAGAUGCUCAUGCUGAGGAUGAUCAUGAGUGGCAGCUACCAGUUCGGCUCCCCAGAAUGGGACGAUUACUCGGACACGGUGAAGGACUUGGUCUCUCGCUUCCUGGUGGUGCGCCCCGAGAGCCGCUGCACGGCGGAGGAGGCCCUGGCGCACCCCUUCUUCCAGCAGUACGUGGUGGAGGAGGUUCGGCACUUCAGCCCCGCGGGGAAGUUCAAGGUCAUUGCGCUGACUGUGCUGGCCUCGGUGCGGAUCUACUACCAGUACCGCCGCGUGAAGCCGGUGACGCGGGAGAUCGUCAUCCGCGACCCCUACGCCCUGCGACCCCUGCGCCGCCUCAUCGACGCCUACGCCUUCCGCAUCUACGGGCACUGGGUGAAGAAGGGGCAGCAGCAGAACCGGGCCGCGCUAUUCGAGAACACGCCCAAGGCCGUGCUGUUGUCGCUGGCUGAGGAGGAGGAGGACUUCUGAGGGGCAGGC